ACGCGAAUACGCGAUAAUGCUUGCGAAACUUUCCGGGCGCUGACAAAGCACAUGGAAAUUGAUGACGUGCUUGUGUUUUUUUACGUACCACGUGCCAUCGACGUGUCAUCGAUAUAUUUAUUCCUCCGCCUUCGACUGAACAGCGGGAGUGUCAAGGCAGCGUCGUUACUUACAACGUGAUUUCUCUGUGACGGUUUGGCAAUUACAAGAGGAUCAGGAUGAGCACGAAGCAUCUGUCUACCGGAUCGGUACAACCGCCCCUCGUGCCUGGAAAAAUACGCUUGUACAGCAUGCGCUUCUGUCCAUAUGCACAAAGGACACAUCUGGUGCUCGAUGCUAAGCAAAUCCCCUACGACGUAGUGUACAUAAAUCUAAAAUCAAAGCCAGAAUGGUUCGCAGAAAAGAAUCCCUUGGGCAAAGUCCCCUGCAUUGAAUUAAAGAAUGGAGAGACGCUGAGCGAGAGUCUAAUUACGGCGGAUUACCUGGACGAGGUUUAUCCGGAGAACAAACUCUAUCCAAGUAAUCCAUUAGCAAAAGCUAAAGAUAAGUUGUUGAUUGUGAGAUUUGACGAGGUGAAAGCAAUCAUGUACAAGCUUGGAUAUCAGGAGCUAGAUACGAUAUCGGAGGUGUUCAAUGAGUUUCUGACUAGCUUGGAGGUGUACGAGCGUGAGUUGGAGCAGAGACGAACUCCGUUUUUCGGGGGCAACAAGCCCGGUAUGCUGGACUUGAUGAUAUGGCCGUGGUGCGAGAGGGCGGACGUGAUAAGGAUUCUAAGCGGGGAGCACUUUGUCUUACCUCGGGAACGUUUUCGCCGACUGCUCGAGUGGCGAGCUGCCAUGAAGGACGAUUCCGCCGUGCGAGUCAGUUACCAGGACGCCGAAACGCACGCCAAGUACAGACGCACUUACCUAGCCGGGGCGCCGCAGUAUGACCUUUGAACCAUAUCUGCUAAGGAUGUAGCACAGCUUGAGGUCUAACAUGUUAUAUUCGAGUGAUACUUGCUAUUUUCCUAACUUUUACAGUUAGCAAAAAUAAGUAGUUAAUCGUUAGUCGUUAGAGGUGGUAUAACUUUGAAGACGAGCAUUGAGCAAUCCAAAAAGAGGCAUUUAUUUUGACUAUCAUACUAAAUUUAUUUUGACUAUUAAAUUUAUUUUGACUAUUACACUAAACUAAAAUAUGUAACAAUAAAAAAUUAGCAUUAAGAAGAUUACUCUUGGGCUCACACAAUAUAUUGGGUUGGCCAAAAA